UGCUUUCUAUGAAAGAAAAUAUACGUAUCAUUUUACGUAAAUACGGAUUAUAUACAGUUGCUGUGGUUUAACAAUUAUUGGAUAAUGAUAUUAUAACAGGAACUUUAUAUUAAACUUCGUACAUUGCAAUUUUGUGGUCUUAGAUUUUAUUAUGCUUUCAUUACAUAUGGACUGUUGUGGUUUAGAUAAAAAUGUAAUUUAUUUUCGAAUGAAAAUCCUUGCAUGCCUUAUCAGUGUUUACAAGUGCGAAUAAGCAGAGAUUUAAUAUGCUGUAAUUUUUCAAAAGUAUAUAAUUAAUCAGGCUACUCUUGCGUGUUCGACAAUUGUAUAGUGGACAAGUGUAUCCUUAUUUAAAAGAGCGAAUUGAUAUAUUGAUGGAAGGUUGUAGUGGUCGUUCUCCCUCACGAUAUAUAGAUUCAUUGCGUGUUAUAAUUGGAAUGUAAGAGAUGACAUUACUCUAAACCGUGCAAUACCAAUAAAACUUGAUAUUCUUUCUUCCGGGUAGUUGUUGGUUAAACCUUUUGAUCUAGAACCUGAUAAAGGCAUUUAAGGAUACACGUGUGUGCAGUAAGAUGAAUUGGUCAAACGUGUCCACGUCGAGCGAUGGCGGGGCAAUUCCAGCUAACCAGUUUGCGAAUUUAACUGCAUUCGACAUUUUGUACUACACUGCUCCACAAGUGGUUAUGAUUGACAGGGUCAUCACGCCGUUCUGGUACAUUAUUGGUUUCCUGGGCAAUCCAAUUUCGGCAAGGAUAUGGUUGUCAAGGAAGGUUUGCAAGUCAAAUUCUUCAGCUGUAUAUUUUGGUUCUCUUGCCGUCGUGGAAACGGUUUACCUCAUGCUGCACGUAGUAUAUGAACUGCAGAAUGCCUGGGGAAUCAACACCUUUCACACUCCUGUCAGAUGUGAAAUAUUCAAUUUUCUUCUCAUUACGCCUCAGUACAUGGUCCCGAUGCUAGUCUUGGGUUUCACAACAGAGCGGUAUAUAGCGGUGUGCCAUCCAUUUGUGAUGGAAAAAUAUUGCACAGUAAAACGCGCGGUAAUAGUGAUAUGCUGUAUGGGUUGCGCCUCGGUCGCCCUGGGGCUAAUUCAGGUGUACGUGUGGUCAUACAGUGACAUGUUUGGCUGCGUGUUUCGCGAAGGCGCUGAAAUCUUCCAGCAAGCGUGGACGUGGUUCACAGAAAUGCUCCUGUUUCUCAUUCUGCCCGUGGCUUGUCUAUUGCUUAACUUGCUUGUGAUCAGAGAAAUCAAGCGGCUUUCAAUGGAAAGCGCCGCUCACGGUCAGGGAACAAACCCGGCCUCCACAAUCACGUUAUUGUGUGUCUCGUUCUACUUCAUAUUUACACUACUUCCGGCAACGAUUGUGUACGCGAUGCAGCAGUCUGUCACGCAAGGCGACCCUUCACUUCCGCUUGAGCAAUGGGCAUCAGACCCAGUAUGGAGCAGUUAUUUCACGUACUUAACGAUCCGUAAAAUCGUGGAAGAAAUUUGUCUCUCUAAUUAUGCAACGUAUUUCAUUAUUUACUACGCCACAGGUGUAUACUUCAGGCGUUCAUUUAGACAGAUGUUGUGUACACCUAUCAAACCAAACAGUCGUGCCAAGACUUCAGACUUCAGUGUGUCGUUAUCUAACGGCAAGCACACGUGCGCAGAGACAGUUGUUCUGAAUGACAUGGAAUCUCCGAGUGACACAUGACAUUAUUUAAUAAUUAAACAAGUUUCGUGUAGAGAAUUUAUUGCAAAACCUUUAUAUAUUUGCUUAUCAUCAAUAACAUUUGGUUACACGUUUUGGACAUCUUACUUCUUGUAUAUUACUAUUUAAUAAUGUUUUAAAUGUAUGGUUAUGUUUUAUGAAUGCAUUAAGUACUUACACUUGAAUUUCGUAUAAAAUAGUUUGUAUAUAAAUGCCUUUCCUUCAUAAUAGGUUUCGUAAGAAACCAACUGGCAGCAUUAAUUAAAACUGUUGUUUUUUUCGGAGAAUAAAUUGUGUUUUAGUCUACAUAAAAUAUAUCUAAUACACGUAUCUGUCAGCUCUUUUGUAUAAACUAUUUGUGUUGAUAUGGUAAUGAUUAA